UACCCCAUAAUCACUGUCACAUUACGAAGCAGAUAUUAGAAAUGUUAAAAAAAUUAUAUGUAUAACUCUUCAAUAUCUAUCACAUUUUUCAAAAGUAGGGUGGGAAAAUAGGAUCCCCCUGGAUCUCGCUCCUUUAUUCACCCCCGAUGGCGGGACUGUCGCAGUGUGAACGGCGCGCGCGCGAAUCAUUAAACGUCUGCUAUCAGUUGCAGGAGACGAAUUUGUGUUUCAAAAGAGUCGCCCCACCCUUGCAACUCCACCUUGAAUUCGCGAUAGAACUACAGCUGAUGCCGGGCCUCGACGCCACCCCCAGUUUCGAAAUGGACGAAAAUUUCAAGGAAAGAUUGAUAAGGAAUGUCAAGAAGGAAGUGAAACAGAUUAUGGAGGAAGCUGUAACACGUAAAUUCGUACACGAAGAAAGCAGCAGCAUCACCUCCCUCUGUGCUGCAGUGGAGGCAUGCUUGUCCCAGGGGCUACGAAGGCGAGCGCUAGGAUUGUUUAAAACUAGCUCUACAACUGCGCUAUUGCACAAAGUAGCCAAAAGCUUUCCACCUGCCCAUCAAAUUUCAAGAAUGGUGCAGGAAUUGGAGAAUGUUGAACCAUCCAACAGGAAAUCUUCCAGCAGUGGAGACAGCACCAGUAAACCAUUACCACCUCCUUUGCUGAAAAAAAAUUCCGCUGGAGUUCUUUCACAGUCACAUCAUCACCCUCCAAAAUAUUUAUGGAUACGACUGGCACUUUUAGAAAAACAGCUAGCAGGAAUUAUUGCAUAUUUGGUAGAAAAUAGCAGCAGAUACUACGAGAAGGAUUCGUUAGUUGCUGAUCCAGACUGUGGAUCCAUCCUUAGCUCUUUACUGGUCGGACCAUGUGCUCUAGAUUAUUCCAAAACGAAAACCCAAGACCAUUUUUGGACAGAUCCACCAGCUGAUGAACUUGUUCAAAGACAUCGAAUCUCAUCUGGAGCUACUAGCUGUCAACCAACUCCUCCUCUCAAUUUUGGUAGAAGUUUACACACUGGGGGAAGCUCGGAGGAUAGCCUUGGCCAGAUGCCUAGAUCUGCUAAAGAUUAUGUUGAAUCUCUACACCAAAACAGCAAGGCAACUUUACUCUAUGGCAAAAACAACGUCAACGUACAUCCGCCUCAAUCAGAUCCGAUGCCAGGAUAUCUCUCCCUACACCAAAGUGCUCAGGGUCUAGUCAUCAAGUGGACACCGAAUCAACUAAUGAACGGAUUUGCUAUCAACUGUUCUUCAGAAACUGGUGGGGUUGGGGGUGGGAGUGAUGGCAAAGAGGGAAAAGAAGGAAAAGAAGACAAGUCCCAGUAUUGGCAGUACGCACUUAAUCUGAGGGUAGAAGAUAUUGUUUAUGUUCACUGUCAUCAACAAGGGGGUGGUGAAGGCGGUGGCACUGUGGUUUUGGUUGGACAGGAUGGAGUGCAGAGACCUCCGAUUUGUUUCCCAACAGGUCAAGGGCAUAUGCUAUCAUUUUUAUCUUGCUUGGAGAAUGGUCUGCUACCAAUGGGCCAACUCGAUCCACCUCUCUGGUCCCAGCGUGGUAAAGGCAAGGCUUUUCCACGCGGUCGCAGGAGACCGGUACCAUUACCGGACCAGAACCAGGAGGCCAUUGAUUAUGUAUUCAGGAUCAUUAACAAAGCUAGACAAGAAGACUUGCGUAUGUCCAUAUCAUUCAAUUUGUGUUUAUUCAAUCGUUUGUGUCUCAUAAUGUCUGUCUCACAAAACUCACUCAUGACUGUCAAUAUAUUUUCAAUUCUCUUGAUGAAUUGCGUAGUAUUGACCCAAGAACUGAUGGACCCAGGGUACAGGCGAGGUAUAGCUCAAAAUUGGAGAAUUCUAUCCUCGGCAUCCGCGUCAGCUUCUAGUAGUGACUCACCACAUACAUCAGAAUCACUUAAUCCUCCCGACAGUCCCGCUGUUCCACCACCAGAGCUAAAUAGCAAUGGUCAUCCGAUUCGUCUGGUUUGCCAGACAAUGAAACGUCAAAUCAUCUCUAGAGCAUUUUAUGGAUGGCUCGCCUAUUGUCGCCACUUAUCAACGGUACGUACACAUCUGUCAGGACUUGUAAAUGGAAAGAUCGUGGAAGGCAGUACAGAAGAUCGAGAAGGUCUCACUAUAGAAAGGUGGCGUGUUCUCUCUCAGAACGGAUGUGUGAGUGACAAUCAGCAAGUGUUGAGGCUUGCCUAUUAUGGAGGCGUAGCGGCUGAAUUGAGAGGAGAGGUAUGGCCCUAUCUGUUGGGUCAUUAUCUUUGGGGUAGUUCUUCCAAUGAAAGGCAGGAUUUAGAUGAAGGAACAAGACAAAGCUACGAAACCACGAUGUCCCAGUGGCUUGCAGCAGAAGCUGUUGCCAGACAGCGGGAUAGACCAGGCAGUGAAUCUAGCGAAGGACAUUCUAGUGAGGCAGAUCAGGAAACAGAAAGUGAUUUGGGUGAUUCUAUUGAAGACGGCUCAGAGCCGAACUCUCCCGUAUCUUCUCAAGGUGGAAUUUAUGCGAGAGAUUUUCUGGACUUGUUUGCUUUGAAUUUGCACAGGAUAGAUAAAGAUGUGCAGCGCUGCGAUCGGAAUUACUGGUAUUUUGCUCCACCAGAUAAUUUAGAAAAAUUACGCAACAUCAUGUGCACCUAUGUGUGGGAAAGACUGGAUGUAGGAUAUAUGCAAGGUAUGUGUGAUCUCGUCGCUCCUCUCUUGGUAGUAUUUGACGAUGAGGCAAAGACGUAUGCGUGCUUUUGCAACCUGAUGGAACGAAUGUCCGCAAAUUUUCCACAUGGUAGUGCUAUGGAUGCUCACUUUGCAAACAUGCGAAGUCUCAUACAAAUUCUAGACGCCGAACUCUUUGAGCUGAUGCAUCAACAUGGAGAUUAUACUCACUUUUACUUUUGUUACCGAUGGUUCCUUUUGGAUUUUAAGAGAGAACUUAUAUAUGAAGACGUAUUUAUGGUAUGGGAGGUAAUCUGGGCAGCAAGAUAUGUUGCAUCGAAUCACUUUGUCCUGUUUUUGGCAUUGGCUCUUGUUCAAACUUAUCGUGAUAUUAUCCUCACAAAUUCUAUGGACUUCACGGAUAUUAUAAAAUUCUUCAACGAAAUGGCAGAAAGACAUGAUGCUCGAGCAGUGCUGGCGCUGAGUCGAGAACUAGUUCUCCAACUACAAACUUUGAUUGAGAAUAAGUAAAUUAAUGUCACUAGAAUCUCAUAUUAGAAAAACAUAUUUAUUUAGUUAUUUACCACAUAAUAUGGGAUGCGUGGAUAGCAUACCCUUUAAAGUUGUCAUUAUAUUCUGAAUGAUAAAUUCUACUAUAAAGAAAUAUAUAAUAAUAUAUAUUAUACAUCUAUA